AUGGCGAAGCGUUCCGCACAUACGUCCCAGCCCGGCAGCAAGCCAACAACGGUCAAACGGCGCCGCACCAGCAAAGGCAGCAGUCAGGCGGUAUGCACGUCGGAUGCAUCCCAUGACAGCCAUGCCGAAGACGAAGAGGGCGACCAGCAGAGCGACGAUGAAGACGAAGCGGCUUCAGGCUCGCCAGGGCACUCCCUCGUCGCAUGUCAAAAUUGUCGCAGACGCAAAUCAAAGUGCUCCAAGACGCACCCAUGCUCGCAAUGCGUCAAGCUCAACGUCGCAUGCCUGUACCAUACCCGCGGGCGCCCCGGCCUCAAGAUCGGCGCCGUCGAAUCCCUUGCCAACAGGCUUUCCGACCUGGAGCAGAUGUUUCUAGGCCAAAGCAUGCUCCUACAAUCCUGCUUGCUCGGCGACCGCACGCAGUCGUCCCCUGCUCUGAAUAGCCUGGCAGCGCAGUCGGCCUUGCUGCGAGAGAGAUGCCUCGACUCGGCGCAUCUGGCAUCCAGUCCACUCCGGCUGCCGUCCUCGGACACCGCGAUCGCAGGAGCUUUCUCGGAAGCUCAGCCGGCCGCCGAGUCCGGGCCGGCGCAGAAUGCUACCUGUCGAUUGCCUUCGUUGCCACCUCGCGAUAUCCUCUACGGAGUGGUGGACUGGUACUUUGCCCAGGUGCAUCGAUGGAUCCCCAUCCUCGACCGGCAACGAUUCGAGGAGCGGCUGAGGGCACAGUCACACGGCAGUGCACCCAACCUGGUGCUCCUCGCCAUGCUGAGUAUGGGUCUCCGUUUGUGGCAACAUCCGGCCGCAGAUCCUUUUCGAGCCUCUAGCGCAGAUUACCGCAGCACCGUCCUUCUCAGGGGCAUGGAGGGCGUGUCGAUCGAGACAUUGCAGGCGCUCGCCAUCGUCGCCUUCGACAUCAUCGGCAGCGGCCACGGUCCGUCAGCCUGGAGCGUGAUCGGCAGCAUGUCCCGUACCGUCGAGCAGAUCAGGCUCAAUGCCGAGGAAGAAUCGACCGACGCCGGUCCAUCCCAGCUGCGCGCCAACGAGGUGCUACUGAGACGCAUCCGCUUCCUGCGCCCCUCGCAGAAUUGGGUGGAGGAGGAAGAGCGCCGAAGGCUCUUCUGGUCCAUCUUCAUGAUGGACAGAUUCUGCAGCGUCACCACCGGCUGGAGCAACAGCCUCGGCAUCCAGAAUUGUCGCCGGAGGCUACCCUGUGAGGGUUCCCUUUGGAGACUGCGGACGCUCGUGCGCACCCCCUUUUUCGGCGAUGGCGUCAAGCGACGUGACUUCGUCUCCCGAGACUCUUCACCUCGCCCUUCAAGCCUGCAGCAAGAACAGGCCCAAUACCCGACCGAUGAGGCCUUCCCAGACCCUGAUUCGACCGCCGACGGUAUCGGCGGAUUCGCGUAUUGCAUCGAGGCGACCGAGUCCCUGAAUCUGGUCACAAACUUUCUCCUACAACACAGCCUGGCCUUCAGGGAAGCGAAAGAGGCGCAGAGGUGGCUCAUGCGAUUCCGCGACCUCGAUCUCCGCCUGAUCAAAUGGCGUUUCUUCCUGCCGGAAAAGUGGAGAGACGCUUCUGCACCUAAUCAUGAUGGGAUCUUGGACCCCAAUCUGGUACUUGCGCACUUGACCCACAAUACAGCGGUUAUACAGCUGCACCAAGCCGUAGCUUUCAGGCCGAGUAAGGUGCAGCCCUUUUCGGUCGAGCUGCCGCAAGCUUCGUCGCUGCAAACGUGCUUAGCCGCCGCGAACGAGAUCGGAACCAUCGCGCUUCACUUCCUUGACCAAGAGGCUGGCAUCGUUAGUCCUCAGGUCGCCGUCUGCCUGUUCAUCGCCGCACGGUCGCUGCUGACACAUUCCAAGGUGUGUCAGCUGCCGGUCAGCUCCAGCUUCGAUACACUCUCGGCGGCGCUUCAACGGGUGUCGGAGCGUUGGUCGAGCUCACAAACCGCGGUGGCGCAGGAUGGCGAGGUGAGACCGCUCUUGCCCCUGGCUUCCAGGCUUAGCGAGAGGCUAGCAAUGGCCAAAAAGUCACUCCACACCGUCGGCGAGGUACCGCUGGCGAUGAGCAUCGAGCAGCCGGUGUAUUCGGGACACGCAGCACGGAGCAGAGCAAACAGCAUCGGGCCCGAGCUCGAGCAUGACAUUCCGGGUCAACCGCCCCGUCGACAACACAAGUCCAGCACACAACGCGGCGAGACUUCAGCGACCGAAGGGGCGGGGGAUCAAGCCGAGUUGAGGCCUUCCCGUUCAAUUGGCAGCAGCGGCCACUUCGGUCUCGUGGAUGCGUCUAACGGCAGUACCAGCGCUGCACAGAUGGUGGAUCCAGACCUAACCUUAUUCACCUUGCUUCCAGACUUUUUCGAGCCGACACCAGCGGCUUCAUUGUCUAGGACUGGAUUCUCGGAAGCAUUUCCGACUGCAGACCUAUCGCUGGACACCACCUGGCCUCUGGCUUCGAACGAAAACCGGUCGACACCGCAACCGGGCGCUCCGCCCCUCAAUAGUCAACGACGCACCGCCACGGUCGAGUCCAACAGCGACGGGAUUUCCGAGAUCGACGAGAUGCUGGACAUGCUCAUGCAAAACCAGAAUGGCGCCAUGGGUCGGGACUUCCGCGUUAGCCGCUUCGACUCGGUCCUGCCUGCCGCCGUUCCGAGCUCGAUCGCGGUCAUGACGGAUGCUGCCCAAGACAGGGGCAAGUAG